AUGGACAGGGCAGAUGAUUUUGUCAAUGCAAAAGAUACUCUGCAAGCUUUGGUAGACCUUGUCAAAGAAGAUACUCAGAUUGAGCAGAGAAACAGGCAGGUUGAUAAGAAGGGUAAUCCAAGUAGGCGAGAAAGAGAGAGGGAAGGAUGGUCAAAUCGCAACCUCAGAUUGGUGCACAAUAAUCUGAGCGUACAGGAAGGAGAGAGAGAAAAGGAAAGCCGCCACCCCAUCAAAACAAGCAGUUGGUAUUGCAAAUACCAUCAGAUGAGCUUGCACUGGACGACCAUGAGAAAGAGAGUCGCUGAGUUAGCAGGAAUUGGUGAAUUGGAGCAAAUGGUCGCAGAGCGGUUAAAGCCUAAAAGGCAUCAGGAGACUAGGCAAGAAGCAAGGCGGAGUUUCAGUCCAGAAAGAAGGCGCCAUGUUAAUAACCGCCAGGACAGGAGGGCGAGGUCGCCCCCAAAAGGAGAAAUAAAGACCAUAGCAGGAGGUUUUGUUGGGGCUGUUAUUUCUACAUCCAGCCGAAAGGUGUAUGCAUGGAAGGUAAGAUAUGAAGAGGUGUUCAUGGCGGAUCGAGCACACAAACAACCAAAGCUUAGCAGUGAGCGAAUGGUGAAAUCCUUUGAAGAGGCGGGCAGGAAAGGAAUUAUAUAUCUGCAUGACGAUGCGCUAGUGAUAACCCUCGUAAUAGCCAAUUAUAUAACUAGGCGGGUACUAGUAGACAAUGGGAGCUCGGCGGAUAUACUGUUCUAG